AUGACCCAGCACCACAGAGGAGCAGAGGAGCAGAGGGCUUUGGUCCAGGACGGGGCGGCUGUGGACGGGCCCGAGAAGAGGAGCAGAGGAGGAGCAGAGGAGGAGCAGAGGAGCAGAGGGCUUUGGUCCAGGAUGGAGCGGCUGUGGACGGGCCCGAGAAGAGGAGCAGAGGAGGAGCAGAGCAGGAGCAGAGCAGGAGCAGAGGAGGAGCAGAGGAGGAGCAGAGGAGGAGCAGAGCAGGAGCAGAGGAGGAGCAGAGGAGGAGCAGAGCAGGAGCAGAGGAGGAGCAGAGGAGGAGCAGAGCAGGAGCAGAGGAGGAGCAGAGGAGGAGCAGAGGAGGAGCAGGAGCAGAGGAGGAGCAGAGGAGGAGCAGAAGAGGAGCAGAGCAGGAGCAGAGGAGGAGCAGAGGAGGAGCAAAGGAGGAGCAGAGCAGGAGCAGAGGAGGAGCAGAGGAGGAGCAGAGGAGGAGCAGAGCAGGAGCAGAGGAGGAGCAGAGGAGGCGCAGAGGAGGAGCAGAGCAGGAGCAGAGGAGGAGCAGAGGAGGAGCAGAGGAGGAGCAGAGGAGGAGCAGAGCAGGAGCAGAGCAGGAGCAGAGGAGGAGCAGAGGAGGAGCAGAGCAGGAGCAGAGGAGGAGCAGAGCAGGAGCAGAGGAGGAGCAGAGGAGGAGCAGAGCAGGAGCAGAGGAGGAGCAGAGGAGGAGCAGAGGAGGAGCAGAGCAGGAGCAGAGGAGGAGCAGAGCAGGAGCAGAGGAGGAGCAGAGGAGGAGCAGAGGAGGAGCAGAGGAGGAGCAGAGCAGGAGCAGAGGAGGAGCAGAGGAGGAGCAGAGGAGGAGCAGAGGAGGCGCAGAGGAGGAGCAGAGCAGGAGCAGAGGAGGAGCAGAGGAGGAGCAGAGGAGGAGCAGAGGAGGAGCAGAGCAGGAGCAGAGGAGGAGCAGAGGAGGAGCAGAGCAGGAGCAGAGGAGGAGCAGAGCAGGAGCAGAGGAGGAGCAGAGGAGGAGCAGAGGAGGAGCAGAGCAGGAGCAGAGGAGGAGCAGAGGAGGAGCAGAGGAGGAGCAGAGCAGGAGCAGAGGAGGAGCAGAGGAGGAGCAGAGGAGGAGCAGAGGAGGAGCAGAGGAGGAGCAGAGGAGGAGCAGAGCAGGAGCAGAGGAGGAGCAGAGGAGGAGCAGAGGAGGAGCAGAGCAGGAGCAGAGGAGGAGCAGAGGAGGCGCACCGCAAAAUAUCUCUUUCUCUGUCUCUCCCAGAACUGUGUGUCAGACUUGAGGUGGAUUUCUCCAGAUAUUUCCAUGACUAUAUUCCGGAAAACAAGAUCCUGGAGAACGAUCUACAGAACAUGUCCCAGUCAGUCAGUCUGCACCUGUGGACUCUGCACCUGUGGACUCUGCACCUGUGGCCUCUGCACCUGUGGCCUCUGCACCUGUGGCCUCUGCACCUGUGGCCUCUGCACCUGUGGCCUCUGCACCUGUGGCCUCUGCACCUGUGGCCUCUGCACCUGUGGACUCUGCACCUGUGGACUCUGCACCUGUGGCCUCUGCACCUGUGGCCUCUGCACCUGUGGACCCAUCUCUUAGGAAAGUGUCUUGUGCAUACCCGGAAAAGGAUCCCAGGCUGGAGGUGCGUGGAGGGGGUUAAGUCCCUGGCUGCCAUGGCUAAUGCCUCAACCUCGGCGGCCCCCCCUCGCCCUCCCCCUGGUCCCCCCCCCUGA